AUGAACGCAGCCUACAGCCGGACUCUGGUCCUCCUUGGCGCUGUAGUGACUCUAUUCUCUCUCUAUUGGGGCUAUACCUCGAACUACCCUGCAACAUGUCCUCCUCCAGAUGCGCAGCAUGGCCACACCGGAUACUUCGCAUAUGAAUGCGCAGGUAGACCUCACCACUCGAGUUGGAGCAGCUGGUGGCACCCACAGCGUAACGAUGGUAGCAUCUUCGAGCGAGGUCAGGGUGCUGGCGCUACGACCAAGGACUGGAACAUACUGUACCACCUCGGCGGGAACGGACCUUGGGUCGAGAAGGUCAUUGAUGUUGUCGCGACUGGCAUCGCUGUUCCUGAUGGAUGUGAGGUCGAGCAGGUGCACAUGAUGGCCCGACACGCUGAGCGCUACCCGACCAAGACAGCCGGCCGCAACCAGAGAGCGGUGGUAGAGAAGAUGAAGAGGAGUGGCAUUCGCUUCACGGGAAACCUGGCGUUCUUCAACAACUGGGAGCUCUUUUGGACAGACGACGCCAUCCUUGAGCAAUUGACCAGCACAGGCCCCUUCAGCGGCCGUCUAGGAUCCUUCACAACAGGCGUCCGGCUGCGAACCCGCUACCAUCAUCUCUUCGAGAAAGCCCUCGCCCGCAAUGCAACCUCUUGCUGGGCCAGCGGCUCCAAACGGGUCAUCGAAACAGCCCGUCAUUUCGCACUCGGUUUCUUCGGCCUUGACGCACCUACGACCCUCAAAGUCAUCUCUGAGAAGAAAAGUCGCGGCGCAAACACCCUCACACCCGGCCGCACCUGUCACGCCAAUCAGCUCGACGGCCAGGAGGGCAAAGCAAAAGGCUACCACCUAAUGGGCGAGUUUCGAACCACCUACCUCCCCGCGAUCGCAGAGCGCCUAUCCUCACAAACCGGCCUCACGUUCACACCGCAAGACAUCUUCUCCAUGCAGGAAAUGUGCGGCUUCGAAACUACCGUGCGCGGACGAAGCGACUGGUGCGACGUCUUCACGCAAGACGAGUUCCUUGCCUUCGAGUACGCACGGGAUAUCUUACACUACUACCGCGCUGGGCCAGGACAAAAGUACGCUGCAGCUAUGGGCUGGCUGUGGUUGAACGCGACGACGAAUCUGAUGCUUGAGGGGCCUGCAGCGGGACCUUUGUUCUUCAGCUUUGUACAUGACGGCGAUAUCGCGCCUAUGAUCACGGCGCUAGAUGUUAUCAAUGACGAGGAACAUCUGCCAACCUCACAUAUCCAACAUGAUCGCAAGUGGCGCAAGUCUCAGGUCUCGCCUAUGGGCGGCCGCAUUAUCUUCGAGCUGUUGUCGUGUAGGGCAAGCAACGAAGGUGCUGAGGGCAAGUAUGUAAGAGUCAAUAUCAAUGACGGGAUCACGGCUCUGUCUGACUGUCAGAAUGGGCCGGGGAACAGUUGUCCACUGGAUGCAUUUGCGGCUAGAACAAAGAAAAAGGGCGAGGAUGCCGGCAAUUUCGUGGACUUGUGUGGGCUUGAGGAGGGUGCUGCGGAUAGAAUAACCUUCUUGCACCAGUGA